GGGGUGUCCGGGGAUGUUUGGGGGUGUCCCGGGGGUGCUCGGGGGAUGUCCAGGGAUGUCCUGGGGUGUCCAGAGGUGUCCGGGAGUGUCCGGCGGUGUUUGGGGCGUGUCCGGGGGCGUGUUCGGGGCGUGUCCCGGGCGGCCCCGCCCCCCACGCCCGGAGGACGCGGCCGUUCCCGCGCGGUGCCGCCGAGCGGAGCCCCGCGAUGUCGGCCGCGGCCCCGGAGCCCGACAGCGGAGCCGAGUCCCUCUCCUCGGAUGAAAAAGAGGUGACACCCAACGGCGUGGAGGGGUCGGGAUCGGCCGAGGAGCACCCCGAGGGAGAAGCCAGUUCCGAAGGCAGCUCCAGCAGCAGCAGCUCAGAAGAUGAGUCAGAUGAAGAGCAGGAGGAGAAGGAAUCCCCACCUUACUGCAAUGAGUCAGGAGGGAGCUGCUUGGCACCCUGUGAGCACUGCAGGAAUGAAAAUGACCAGAAGGAGCUAGUGACCCCCAGGAGGCUUGCUGGAGGACAAUUUAUGGUGCAGCUGGACGCCGAGGGCUGCUACCAGUGCAGCGCCACCGGGCUGGUGUUCGAGGUGUCUGGCCCGGCCAGGAUCACCUAUUCCCUGCUGUCCUGGAGCAAGUACGCCCGCCUGGUGGAGAAGCCCUGGAUCGUGGGCGGGCCCCUGUUCGACGUGCGCUGCUCGGCGCCCGCCGCGCUCGGCGCCAUCCAGUUCCCGCACUGCCUCUGCCUGGGGGGUGCCGGCCCCGGCGUGGCCUUCAAGGUGCUGCACGUGAAGGGCGGCGGCGCGGCCCUGGAGCCCUCGGCCGAGUUCUCGGCGUCGCACGUCAAGUGGGUGGUGAGCUCCCUGUCCCCCGUGGGGCCCCUGAUCCACAGCCAGGAGCCCCUGCAGUACCACGGCGCUGUCAUCCUCUACAAGGCCAUCGACGAGCACCCCUCGCUGUCCUUCUGGGUCUACCUGGCCACCAACAACGACUCCUUCAUCAGGGAUAUCUCAAAGACUGUAAAACACUCAAAAAGGAAAUUUGUUCAGAUUGAAAAGCCCGCUGUAUGCCAGAAAUUACUGCAGGAAGGAAAGAAGUACAGAUUGAUCUGUGAGCCAGAGGCUGAAAUAACUCCUGAGGAGAUUGAGUUUGUUGAUGGCUCACUCCUGAAAUACAAGAAUUACUUCGAGGUGUAUCUGGAGAAGCCUGAUGACUUCACCCUGUCCCUGGUGGAGCAGGACUCGGAUGAGACCGUCUGGAAAGCCAAACUCCGGGAGAGGGAUUGGAUCCAUUAUGACCAGAACAAGAACGAGCAGAAGAGGAGCACAGGCAGCGUGAAGAGGCGCAAGCCAGCCCUCAGCAUCCUGGAGGAGGAGGGGCUCCUGAGCAAGAGGCAGAGAACGGGCAGCACUGCAGACGGAGUGGGAGCAAAAAGCUUAACGGACCAGCAGCUGCUGGCCAUCGCCAAGCUGCAGGACCGGCACUGGAGGGAGGUGGCCAUCGAGUGCCUGCAGAUGGAGAUGAAGGACAUCGAGGACAUCCAGGCCAUGGAGGACAACGUGAACAUGCAGAAAUUCCUGGUGCUGAGGAAGUGGAGGGACAGGGAGCAGGGCAAUGGCACUGCAGAGGCGCUGCAGAGGAGCCUCGGGGAGAGAGCCACCUACGAGAUCCUGCAGAAGCUGCAAGAGUUCUUGGCUCAGAGCUGAGCCAGCUGCAAGGAGCAGGAGGAGGAGGAGGAGGAGGAGGAGGAGGAGGAGGAGGUGGGCACUUCCCAGUCCAGCUAUUCCUCUCCCCGGGAUCCUGCUGGGAUUCAGGAAUGUCCCGGGAAGGGCGGGCAGGAUCCUCUGGAAAAUCGGGAAUGGGAUUUUGUGUGGACAGAAGCCUCUCAGGAGAGGUGGAUCCCGGAAUUCCGGCUUCACCCACGGGGAAAAGCCACUCUGGAAAGACACAAACACUGGAAGAAACCACUUCAUCUUUUUCAUCACCUGGAAAAGAUUUUUAUUUCCAUCAGGGAAAAACAGGGAGAAGAAUUCCCCCAGAAACUUUCACCCCCUUCCCGAAGCCACUGAAUGCCAGAAUCGUGAGGUGCAUCGGAUUUCUCAUGGAUCAGGGAGGAGAAUCCUCACCUGGCACCAGAUUCCUUCAAUAAUCACUGUAUAUAUGGAAUUAUUGUACAGAUCCUGCACAUCCAGGCCUUGUGGAGCUGUGCUUCUGCUUCCUGAGAUUCCCAAAGGUGGGAAACACCACUGUGAACUGCAGGCAGCUGGGAAUUUCCCCAUGGAAUUUCUUCUCCCCUCUUUUCUGUAUAGUUUGUCUCCAUUUUUUACGUUGUUUAAUGCUUUUUUGUAUGAGAAACUUUUGAUACUUUUUUUUUUACUUGAUUUAUUUGAACUUGGAUAGAAUUUAGGUGCUUUAAAUGUGAGGAGCUGAAAUCCCUCGUGCUGCAGGAUUGGGAAAAGAAUUGGGAAGAACAGAAUUUGCAGAAGAGAGGAGUGACCAGAUCCAGGAUUGUCUUGUUUUUAAGGCCGUGGGAUACUUGGGAUCAUCUUCCUCUGUGUAUGUUUGAGAAAGAAAAACAUACUUUUUAAAAAAAAGGAUUAAACAGGAAAAAUUUCCACUA